UCCGCGGCCACGCAGAGAGAGGUUAUAUGCGUUAGCAACUGUCAAACGCGUGACGUGACUCGCGAGUCAACUUGAACGAACAUUCGAGCUUGCAGCUCGCGUUUCGUGAUAAGAACAAAUCAAAAUGGGAAUUUUCUUCUCGAAGAAAAAGCAACCGAGUCGCGUUACCGAACAGGACAAAGCAAUCUUGCAAGUGAAACAAACGAGAGAUAAAAUUAAACAAUACCAAAGAAAGAUCGAGCAAACUUUAGGGAAAGAACGAUCGCUUGCGAAGGAGCUUCUGAAAAAUGGAAAGAAAGACCGCGCGUUACUUUUAUUACGCAAGAAAAAACAUCAAGAACAAGUUCUUUCACGUGCGGAUGGCCAGCUGGAGAAUCUCGAGCGUAUGAUACACGAUUUGGAAUUUGCUCAAAUUGAGACUCAAGUUGUUGAUGGCUUAAAAGUCGGUAAUAGCGCAUUAAAGCAGCUACACGCUUUGUUGUCUAUUGAUGAAAUUGAAAAGGUCAUGGAUGAGACAAGAGAAGGUAUUGACAAACAAAGAGAAAUAGACGAAGUGCUGUCAUCGACCUUCACAUCGGAAGAUGCCAUCGACGAAAGUGAGCUCGAAGCUGAAUUGGACAAGUUGAUAGAAGCGGAAAUCAGCGAGAAAGCUCCGGAUAUACCGGAAGAUGUACCAUUGCCGGAUGUGCCAACGGAUUCAUGGGUACAAGACGAUAAAGAAUACAAGAAAAGCAGAAUAUUUGAAAAACCGAUCGCACUAACAGCCUAAGAAGAUUUUUUUCAGAGAGAUUUGUAGAUUCGCUCUAAAAUUUAAGAUUCUAUGCAACACACUAUGUAUAUAUGUACAUAUAAGUAUAAGAUUUAUGUAAUAAGUAUAACUUAUACAUACACGCUUCUUUUAUAACUUGUACUUAUUACAAGAAGAAAAAGUCACUAAUAUCUUACUUAGAAACUAUUGUUAAUUUUUUAACAGUUUAUCGUAUAUCAAAAAAAAAUAAAUUCUAUAUAUUUCCAAUAUGUAUAUGUGAAUACAAAAGCUCAAUAUUGAAUGAUGAGUUGUGCGAAUAAAACGAACUUUUUA